AUGGCAAACAUGGACUCGGAUUUCGAUCCGUUCAACCAGCCCUUGACCUUCCGCUACGCGGACGGAACUCCCUUCGUGGUCACCGUUGAUGAAAUCGACAGCAACCUCAUCCAGUACAGCAUCCGCUGCUGCAUCAACUAUGCCUCCCAGCUCGGUGCCUCCGUUGCUAUUUUCAUUAUUCUUCUGCUGCUCACCAGACCCGAGAAGCGUGGCUCUGCUGUGUUUGCCCUGAAUGCCUCCGCCCUGCUCUGCAACAUCGGUCGUACCGUCUGUCAGGCCACCUUCUUUUCCGGGCCUUUUGUGCGCCUCUACCCGUACCUCUCAGGCGACUACUCCAGAGUGCCGACCUCCGCAUACGCCGGCUCCGUCCUGGGCACCAUCUUCCCUUCUCUCCAGCUGGUCUGCAUCGAAGCGUCCCUACUACUCCAGAUCGAGGUUGUGUGCGCGAACCUCCGUCGUCGCUAUCGCCGCGCUCUGGUGGUAGCGCUGAGCGUGCUCGCCCUUCUAGCGGCAGGUUUCCGUUUCACGCUCAUGGUCCUGAACUCGAUGCUCAUCAUGAAUCAUGCCGUUCCCCACGAGAUCAACUGGCUCGAGAGCGCAGCCAACAUCACCCUGACGAUCAGCAUCUGCAUCUUCUGCGCCGUCUUCGUCACCAAACUCGGCUUCGCCAUCCAUCUCCGCAAAAGACUCGGUGUGAGAGAUUUCGGCCCCAUGAAAGUCAUUUUCAUCAUGGGAUGUCAAACCUUGGUGAUUCCAGCCCUCUUCUCCAUCCUCCAAUACGUCGUCACCGUGCCCGAGCUCUCCUCCAACGUCCUUACCCUCGUCACACUUUCUCUCCCCCUCUCCAACAUCUGGGCCAGCACGACGCUCUCGCAAUCCAGUACCGGGGCGUCCACCUCGCGCGCCAACCUCUGGAACGGACUCACCUUCAACGGCAAACAAGUGACCUCGUCGACCUCGUCCAGCGGAAAACCAAGCACCACGAUCUGCUACUCCGACCAGGCGUCGCCUAACGGAGCGAGCUCUGUGCAGCAGACGGUGACAAAGUCCGACAAUGAUGUAGAGCAGGGAUACGGCAUUGCUGUUGAGCAUGAUGUCUCGGUUCACAGCUAUCGGAAGGAGAAGAAGGGCGGUGCUUAG